AUGGAAGAAAACGCUAUUAUAGCUCAUAGACCGCCCGAUGAAUUACAUUCUGAAAACACUUCUGAAAAAACUAAUAUGGAUGAUAAGGAGCUUAUAUUCCAAAAUUUUAUACACACAGAAAGAAAGGGCAUAGUUCGUAUGGUUGAUACUUUCUUUUCGGAGAAGUAUUUAAAGGAUGCGAUAAUAACCGAGAGGCAAGUGAUAAAUGUUCAAAGGAUGCAACGGAAAAUAACGGACAACGAUGGAACAACUCAAUUAGUACCAAGACAAAUAAUAAUUGUAGGAUUUUUGGACAACGAGGUUCCACAAAACAUAAUAGAUGUCUAA